AUGGGCGACGACGAGGAGAAGUAUGACGGAAUGUUGCUUGUUAUGGCACAGCAGCACGAGGGUGGAGUACACGAGUUAAUAAAUACAUUUUUCAGUUUCCUGCGGCGCAAGACUGAUUUUUUCACCGGCGGGGAUGCGGGUGCUGCAGAAAAGCUUGUCACCGAUGCUUUCGCACACCAAAACAAGCUGGCAAGGGAGGCCCACAGAGAAAAGCAGAAGAAGCAAGAGAGGGAGAAGAAUGAGAAGGCCAAACGGGCUGCCCAGCUAGCCGAGGAGGAAGAGCGCAAAAGGAAAAACCAGGACGCGCCUAGGAUUCAGGAGCUCACCGAUGAGGAAGCUGAGAAACUUCAGACAGAACUGGAAAAUAAGAAAAAAGACGAGAUGAAGAAGGAAACUGUGAAGGUGAUCAAUUCAGACGAAGGAGACAAAGAUAAAGGGUCUGAUACAGAGGAAGAGGACGAGAAGGACAAAGACAAACUCAAGCCCAACGCGGGAAACGGUGCUGACAUGCCCACGUACAAGUGGACUCAGACGCUGUCCGAAUUAGAUCUGACCGUACCGUUCGACGUCAACUUCCGCAUCAAAGGCCGAGACGUGGUGGUGGAUAUCCAGCGGCGCUCCAUCAAGGUGGGCCUGAAAGGACACCCGCCUGUGGUGGAGGGCCAGCUCUUCAAUGAAGUGAAGGUGGAGGAAAGCUCCUGGUUGCUGGAUGAUGGCAAGGUGGUGGUUGUCCACUUGGAGAAGAUUAAUAAAAUGGAAUGGUGGAGCAGGAUUGUUGACACUGAUCAGGAAAUAAACACCAAGAAGAUCUGCCCUGAGAACUCAAAGUUGUCAGACCUGGACGGAGAAACACGUGGUAUGGUGGAGAAGAUGAUGUACGACCAACGCCAGAAGUCCAUGGGCCUGCCCACGUCGGAAGAGCAGAAGAAGCAGGACAUCCUUAAAAAGUUCAUGGCUCAGCACCCAGAGAUGGACUUCUCCAAAGCUAAAUUCAGUUGA